GCACGAGGCUCGCGUCGGAAUCAAUGAUGAGAAGAGGUCGGCUUUCAUUUUAGGCGAAUUCUCGGGCCGAGCGCAGAGACCAAUCAAUAUCCUCCAUCAAAUUCCAGCGCUUAUCAAAACAAGGGUAUCUAUACGUAAUAUCCUGGCGACCUCUUAUCGUCAGGCUAAUAGGGAGGACCCACGGCCCAUAGACAGAAGGGAAGGGAGCAGUAGGGAAAACACCAACCUUCGGAGAAGACCGGCUAUCUGUAACAACACCCUUCGACACUCAUGGGACGGCAGAGUUCUCAUAAAUAAAAGGCUGUCAGAACCCACAAUGAUCCCUGCUUCAAGUUAUUUCCCCCCUGCUCCUUCCCUAUUCACAUACUCCUAACAUACAAUUCUCCCAGCUCCAUGACUCUCGACGUUAUCCCCUCGUGGUCUGAAAUUGCUGCUGCCAAAGUGGCUGCCAGAGACGCCCUUAUCCCUGAGAAAUGGCGCAUCCCAGUUACCGAUGCGCUGAAUGUCAUCGAUAUCCCCAAGACAUGCGGUGUUCUCUCUCCCGGAGAAAUCGAAAUCACAGAGACACCUGCUCCCAAGUUGGUCCAAAAAAUCCUUAGUGAAGAGUUGAGUAGUUACGACGUGACACUUGCUUUCUGCAAGCGUGCAGCUAUUGCCCAGCAGCUCACCAACUGUCUCACUGAAAUCUUCUUUGAAGAAGCGCUCAAAGCUGCUGCUGGCAUCGAUGCCGAAUAUUCCAAGAGCAAGACCCCUCUUGGUCCUCUUCACGGUCUUCCAGUUUCUCUCAAAGACAACUUUUACAUCGAAGGCGUUGACACAACUGUUGGAUUUGUCGCCUGGGCCAAUGAUCCUGCCAAGAAGCAACAAGAGAGUGAAAUGACCCAAGUCAUGAGAGAAUGCGGUGCUGUACUCUUCUGCAAGACCAACGUACCCACGGCCAUGAUGAUCGCCGAAUCUUACAAUAAUGUAUGGGGUUAUACAUGCAACCCCUACAACCGCACCUGCUCUUCUGGCGGGUCUUCUGGAGGAGAGUCAGCUUUGCUCGCGAUGAAAGGCUCCCCCCUUGGCGUUGGUACAGACAUUGGUGGUUCUAUUCGAAUUCCCGCAUCUAUGUGUGGUCUCUAUAGCUUGAAGCCUUCUUUCGGCCGCUUCCCGACUUACGGUGCGCGCUCCGGUCUGCCGGGCCAAGAAGCUAUCCGUUCUAUUAAUGGACCCAUGUCCACUGCAUUGGAAAGUGUGGGAAUGUGGGUCAAAGCAGUAGUAGACAAUAAGCCUUGGGACAGGGAUCCCAACAUGAUUCCUAUCCCUUGGAGGGACGUGGAGGUACCUGAAAAGCUUUGCUUUGGCCUGAUCAUGGAUAAUGGGAUCGUGAAGCCUACACCGCCUGUUACCCGGGCAUUGCUUGAGACAAAGGCCGCUUUAGAAAAGGCCGGUCAUAAGGUUAUCGAGUGGUCACCAUACAAUGCCGAGGAGGCCACAGCUCUUGGUGCCCGGUUUUUCACCGGUGACGGUGGAGUUAAGAUUGCCCAGAUUCUCGCCCUUUCGGGAGAGCCUUACCCCGAAGGUCUUGCAGGUUAUCGCAAACGCUUUGACGCUAUAAAAGAGAACCCUCCACUUGUUGGAGCCCUUUGGGAGAUGCAGUCUGACAGAGUUUCCUACUGCAAGAGGAAUUUGCAGCACUGGUUGGCCAGCAAGGACGUGACUGGCACCGGCCGUCCUUUCGACGGGCUUAUAAGUCCUGUCUCAAUGCAUUCAGCUUGUCCCAAGAUGGCUUUUAAUGAUCAUGUUACAUACACCUUGAUGUGGAACAUUAUGGACUACUCUGCCACCACCUUUCCAGUCAGUUUUGUCGAUUCACAACUUGAUAAGAAGCCUGCAUAUGAGCCGCGAAAUGAAACCGAGAAGAAAAUCUGGGAUCGAUAUGAUUCAACUGAAGUUGUUGGCGCCCCUGUCUCGCUUCAGUUAGUAUGUCAAAGACUCGAGGAAGAGAAAGCUCUCAAAUUGACAGAAGUCAUUGCCAAGGCUCUCGUUGAAGCUGGAGCAAAGUGAAGAACGGGCCUAUAGAUUAGAUAUCUUUUAAUACAGCAAUGUGAAAUAAUUUAAGUUGCCUGAAUAUCUUUUUUGUUUCGCUGCAUGCAGA